UACCCUGGACACAAUCCCGAGAUGAUGCCCAGAGCCAGAUUCUCAACCUUGGCUUAAUUACCCAAGACUAAACAUAUGCGCAGCCGACCAACCAUUUAGUGUUACCUGGGGGCUAAAAAGCACAGUACAUACAGCCUACAGUAUCUAUUUUCAGGCCAACCACUAUGAUUUUCUCAUACUACAACAUCGUCUGCAGCCCUCUACCCGUUCUGAUUAUCCUUCUUCAACCCAUAAUCAUGCCACUGCCUAGCACCCCAGUGCAGGUUCAGCAAAGACUAUUGAGCGACGAGAGGCUGGCACUUGAUCAACCUGAUGAAGGCUGCCUCAAGGACGGUUCAACCAUGAACCCUGCCAAUCUUACCAGAUGGACUGCAAGCAAGCUAUUGAGUCUUGUACUUGAUGUCGUCACAAUAUUGUUCUCAUGCAUCUUUCUGGUAUAUGGCCUUUCAAUCAAGACGUACGAUGGACUGCCACUGGAUACGUCUGAGGCCAAGCUUCUGAAAAGAGCCUCGAACUUGGCUCCGACCAUCUACCCAAUCCUGUUUGCUGCUAUAGUUGGGAAGGCCCUCAAGUCAAUAGCAUUCUGGAAGCUUGAGAGAGGUAGUCGUGUGGGUGUUUUGGACCAACUACUUGGCAGUACGACAAUCUUCCAGACGAUCAUCACUCAAGUCCAAAUGCGCACUCCUGGGUUAGUCAGCGUUACCCUCAUCCUUACUUGGGCUCUUUCGCCUCUCGGCGGCCAAGCUUCCAUAAGAGUUCUCGGCCAGUCACUCAAGAACACUACCCAUACAGCUACUAUCCAUUACGUCAACACGAGCUCUUCAAUCAUGGGUGAUGAAUAUUCCGGCAGUAGUGUUCACCAUGCUGUCGUUCCGGUUGACGCUUUAUUUGGAGCUGCUUUGGUCAGUUUCGCUACCACUCAAACCUUAGGUCAGGAUUCAUGGGGCAACAUCAAGAUCCCAAUGAUUGAAUACCUGGACACCACACUUGCAUCAGGCGAAGGCUGGUACCAAAUCCCGAGCAAUCUCUCAACCGACCAUUAUGCAUCGCUACUUGGACUACCAUUAUCUGAAAUAUCUAGUGAUAGCAACACUGCGACGAACUUCGACAUAGAGACAUCAUAUUGGGUCUUGAAAUGUCCAGUCCUCGAAAGCAUUGACAUCACCAACCGAAGUCUUCCCGACUCUGUUUACAGCACUGAUUCUGACAAGCCUCAGAAUCUGUUUCUAGCUUCUCAGCAAGGCGCCAUCAACGGACUCGGUGAUUACGAAGCUGCACGACAUGUGACAUAUACGGAUUUGCUACCGGGCCAUUCAUUCGCGAAUUGUACAAUCGAGACUUCGUUUGUGGAAGUUUCCGUCCAUUGCUCUACUGGCGUUUGCGCUGCGAAGAAGAUCAGAAGAUCGCUGAAUCCCUUCAAGAAGGCCAUCUGGACUGCCUUAGACUAUACAGGUGGAGAAUCUUUCGGAUCCUAUACUCUUCUGUUCGUCAGCGCUAUCAAGGAAGGACAUGCGUCCGUGCCAUCUCCGUACCAGAACUUCAUCUUGAAUCCGUACGAUCCCUUCAACAAGUCAUGGGACAGACCCGCUGUGUCGACAGUCUCCAACACCACAUUCUCCAUUCGGCUUGGUCAGCUUCUCAACACAUAUUGGAUGGCGCUACUUGCUCCAACAGCCAUUCCCAAGGGGCUCCACAACGCAAACCUUACAGCUGAUACGGCACCCAUCCAGGGCACCAACCAGCAAUCCACGGAAGCAGCCGUCACACGCUCAAUACAAGUACUAAAGUGUGAUAACCUAUGGCUCAUGUUUCUCUUACUAUCCACGGCUGUCACUACUCUCAUCGGUAUCUUCGGGCUCGUGGCAACCAUCUGUCGUCGUGGCCCAGAACUUGGCCUAAACAUCUCGUCCAUGAUCAAAGAUAGCCCAUUCGUCGACCAGCCAGCCAUACCCUCCACUCUCGACGCCAGUGAUAGGAUGAGGAUGUGCAAGAACCUGCUAGUGAAGUAUGGAGAUGUUGCAAGUGAGGAUGAAGCUGGGUAUGUUGCUAUUGGGAACCGCGGUGUUUCAACUUUCAAUUCGAGACGUCUAUUUCUUUAAGUUUUGGAGAGGUUCAAAUUAUUGACAUAGUGCUUAUCCGUAAUCAACCCUAUAUUCUGAAUUCAAAAAUAGCAAUCGCAACUUCUUGGGUCAGUCAAGAGUCAAGACAGGGAAUGAACGAUGAUCGGCAAUUGACGUCAUACCGCCUA